AUGCCACCCAAGUCGAAGCUGCCGAAGCAGGCAGCCAGGGAUUCGAAACGCCGAACCAGGCUAUCACAGGCUUCUACUGAGGCUGCACCAGUGAAGGAUGCCACUGUGCGAGAUACUUCGGCACAGGCCGCCACCGUUCAGACCGCUGCGGCAGCAGGAUCUACUACAACGAUGCUACAAGUGCUGCAGACCCAAGGACCCGAAACGACUGCUACUGCGCAAACUGUCACGGUGUCAACUAGCACUAUGAUUGUACAAACACUUACCCAAGCUUGUGCGAGUUCUCUAGCUAAGCUGCGUCACAUGUUUGAAGACGACAACUACGAGGCGGCAUAUGUCGAGUUCGCAAAACCUUCGGACAAACAGAGUCUCGCCGAUUCAGAUGCCUCUCAAACGCAGCUGAAGAAGUUGCAGUACGAGACUCUUAAGAGGGAUGCAAUUAAGCGAGGUUACCUGAAGACAUUACGGUUCGCCAUUGUAGAGCAUUCGGCAGAUCCGAGCGAGCGAGUAGAGGAGUGGGCUUUAAGCUUCCAGUACAGCAAGACCGACUCCGGCAACGGCCCGUUUGUCUCUGAUAUGAGCCUGCAAGAGAACAUACAUGGCAAGAGCAUAUCGAUCAACCAGGCGAAGCGGAACUUGGGCCGCUUCAUUUCAGAUCUAGCACACGUCUGUACCGCAUGUCUACCAGAACUUCCGCCUCUUGUCAAAAUGUUUGUUGAGCUCGACUUCAACGAGACUAAACCUCCAGAGUACUGUCCUCCAGGAUUCAGCAAUUACGAGGCUGGCGCCACUCGUUUUGCGGAUUCAGAGGAGUGGGAAUGCCGGACAACGGCAGUAACCCGAAUGCACGCUGGACAUCACCAUGUCGAGCUCGGACUGACCUACUUAGCUCCGAAAACUGAGGAUGAACUUGAUGCUGUACCCAUGGGGAUGCCAUACACUAAGCAUAGGCCUUCUACAGAAGCCUCGGAAGCCGCACACGCGAAGACAGCAGCGCUCUCGUCCUCAGGAACUUCAUCUGCUCAACGGGUAGCAGCAGCGUUGCCAACUAAUGUUCAGCCACCAGAUACGGACAAGCAGGUGCCCAAACGAAGCGUUCCGGUCCGUAAUGAGAAGCCUCAAAGUCAGCAGUUUCCCAUCCAGAAAAGUUCAAGCAAGACUUUCGUCCCGGGGACUUCUUUUCCAGACGACAGUGUCAAGACGCUCGCCAUACCCUCGUCAUCCGACAUGGAGAUGAAGAAGAAGGUCACUAGCAUGCAUGGCUAUGAUGGUAAGGCACAGCUAGGCAAAGCCAUAGAUAAUGGCGUUAUUGAGAAUGUAGGGCGCAACAACACAGCAAUUCGUCUAGAGGCCACUGUGAAAGCAAAGACGACAAUCAACGAAAUCUAUUUCGACCCAACGCUUGGAAUCACAGCUCAUCUCGAAGGCUUGGACCCUAUGUUCGCGGACAUACCCACUCCAGGCACGCCUGUUCCGAAGACUCGCAAGCGACCUCACGAAGACUGCAACCACACUGACGGUCCUCAGAAGAAGACUUACAAUGGAAGCGUGGUGUCUCACGCUAUUCUAGGUGGUGACUUUGCUACGCCGAAGGCCAAGCGCUAA